AAGAAGGUUGCCAUGGGUUUAACUUUAACAAUAUGGCGUCUUUAGUCACAAAGCAGACAGUAGAAAAGAAAUAGCCUACAUUCUAGGCUGUAUAUGUUCUCCUAUGGGGAUCGACGUGAAUUUCUGGACUUGGUUCCAGUUUAUUUGUUUAUUGACCCUUGCCAUAGUCUCUCAAGAAGUGAACAGCAGCACAACUGGUGACAACAGAACAAUAAUUCCUAAUCAAGUCUACCAUCCCCUGGGAUCCUGCCCGUGUGAUCUUGCCUCAGAUGUGUGUGUCGUGCCUUGCUGCUGUGACAGGGAUUGUUCUCUCUCAGUAAAACAACUUUUUGAGUCGCACUGUCUGCUGGGACCUCUGGGUGGCGCCGUUGAUUUAGUUCCAGAAUACCAGUGUUCUAAUCCAGCGCCUGUAGAUGCACCUGAUUGGUUUUCCUUCCUGUGCGUCACCUCGCCAGCAGAGAACAACCCUCUGCUGGGACAUUUCUACAGUGGCAACACAGUGCCUCACAGGGGAUCUCCGUCAUUUCGGUCUUCUGAGAGGACUGUUCCACUGCCUGUGUCUAGUUACAGACAAGGGGGGCCCAUCUUUACGGCCACAGAUGCCAUCUUCACCAUCCCUCAGGGGUCAUUGCUUGGCCAGUGUUUGGAAAGUGCACCGGUGGCAUUCCUGGAGAAUUUUCAGACUGAAUGUGUGAGCUUCCCCAGCACCUGCACACCUUUUCCUACCAACUUGGCAACGGAUUUGAGCGAUGGCAAUGGAGGUAUAGUAACCAUCAAUGUAACCAACGAGUUGCUAACUGAUUCAACCUUGUUUUGGCAAUGGACUGGAAGUAGCCAAAAUGACUCAACUGAAUCAGAAUCCAGUAAGGUGUUAUGCAAGAAUGUGACUAUGGCUUUGAAUUACACUUUUUACUGGAGAGGCGGAAGCCUUUCUGAGGUCACUCUGCUGCACAGCUUCGGAGAUUUUUCCUUGGAGGCAGGCGUCCCAUUGAUUACCAAAGUGUCAGCAGUUUUUCUGAAUGGAGACAACACAGCUCAAUCUCACUCAGGGACGUCAGGUUAUCUUGUAGGAAGACCUGUCGUUGGUGGUGUAGUGAUGUCACCAGCCACAGUAGUACGAAGAGCUGCCAUUAAUUUAUGGAAUCCAGGAGGCAGUGGGCUCUGUGAAGCUGCUGGACUGAGGCCGGUGAACUUCGGUGUCAACUCCACCUCUGGUUGCAUGUUUUCUGUCAGCCUAGACAACUUCACCGACUGUAGAUCUCUCAGAAACAAUGCCUACACCGUGUUAGCUUCCUUAGUGACCGCUACAGUUGUGGCCAGGAAGGGGAAUCCCAGCUUCAACCACCUCUCUGACUGGGUGGAUGUGAAAAUUGUACAAAACUCCAGCACAUCUGUAUAUCCUGAGAGCCCAGGUCUGUGUGAGGGUGUCCCCUCUCAGCUUCACGUUGUCAUCUUCUUCACUGGAGGACUGCAUGCAGAGAUAUCCACCGUAGAAGUCCACAUCAAACCAGCAACAUGGAAAAUACACUGUGACACAGGCAGCAAAUGCCAGAAUGUCAGUGAAAGUCAAUCUUUUCCUCUCACCUCGUCCGUCACCUUCGCGGAACUACUCAGUAUUCCUUUGAAAACAAGGUUCCAGAUCAACUUCACUGAAUUUGAUUGUGAUAGAAAUGAUGUCUGUUGGCCAGAAUUGGCCUUUCCCCUCACAAGAUUCUACACAGGCGAGUCGUCUUCAUUGGCCCUGGCAAAGGGCAUGGUUCUCGUGUUCCUUUUCCUCAUCGCCUCUCUCCUGGGGUCGCCAUGGAGACAGAUCAGACAGGCCUGGAGCAACACUGAGUUCUAAAUGUUAACAAUGAAUUAGCCUGUUGCUGGUUUCUUUCUCUUCAUUGUCAUACCGAAAUCAUAUUGAGUGAACUGGAGGGACUAUGGUGGCUGCCUGGCUAACAAUGCGUUUCCUUAAAAAAAAAUACUGUUUUCUAACGGAGACAGUGUUAUUUUCUUUUAAUUACAGACCCGUAGCCAGCCUUGUGGUAGGGGGGGAUCUUUUCCCCCCGAAAGUGUACUUCAUUUGGCUCCCUAUUCCAAUGUCCCCAAAUACAUGAGCACACUUCAAACACUUUAAUUUAGACAUAUUUUAUUCAUUAUGAGUUUGCUGUGAGUCUGUUGCUGUCCUUCAUUGUUUGUCUGUUGCUCCCCUUUCUUAAAAUACAUGGAAAUGAAUUGCUUCAAAUUACUGCUAUCUGACAGUUAUUUUCAUUGUUGGCCCAGUGUUGGGGAGUUCGAGUGGGGGUGGGGGGGGUUCGAACGAACCCCUCGACCCCCCCCCCCCCUGGCUACGGGCCUGAAUUAAUGCAGGGAACAUAUGAGAUCAGAGAACAUAUGAUGUCAGUAAUGUCAUAUACCACAGUAUUUUUCUUUUACAAAUAUGCUGUAAACUUCUCUAUCAGUUUUUCUUUUUGUUUUACCACCCAAAAUAAAGAUAUGUGUGAUAUGUGUGGACAAGAUCCAAUAAUGUAAUGUUACUGUAAUACGUUUAUUUAUUGAUUACAUUUUCCUUUUGUUGGCUAAGAACAGGCUUUUGUUAGUGUCAUUUCUGCAUAGAAAUUGUGGUGUCAGGAAUUUAUUUUGUAUCAUUUUCAAUAAAACAUGGUGAAAUAC